AUGAUCACAGGCGGCACAUCCGGCAUUGGAUUCGCCAUUGCAGAGCGAUUCCUCCAAGAAGGUGCCAAGCGCAUCAUCCUCGUUGGCAGAUCCCAUGAACGGCUUGUCAAAGCUGCUUCCAAAUUGGAGGCGCCAACAUCUGUGAACACUUUCGCUGCCGUCGAAUCACGCGGUGAUAGCAUCAUUCGCGAAGUAGCAACUAAAGCACCAGAAACAGAUCAACAAUUACAAAACAAAGAUACAGAGACAAAGUCACAAGGUACACUGAUUGAGUCCUCGAGUAAAGUCAGUCUCCUCGUCGGUGAUGUAUCAGAAGCCGGGACCUGGCUGCGCGAGUUGGAGAAGGCAAUGGUGAGCUCUCCGGCCCAGUCUCGGAUGAUGGUAUCUAACACCCCCGAACAGCAACCGGUAGACAUCCUCGUCAACGCCGCAGGCAUCUCCAUCUCGAACAUCCUCGCCAAAAUUGAACCAGACGAUAUCUCCCGAGUUCUUCGCACAAAUCUCGAGGGCGCAAUGCUAGCCUCGCGAGCUCUCGUCCGCGCCUCGAUCCGCAGUCGGAUGAAGAAUCGCGGCACCUCCAGCAUCCCUGAAACACCAGUCCCCUCAAAAUGCAUUAUUAACAUUUCUUCCUUGCUUGCAAUCAAGGGAGGCACCGGCGCGGUACCUUAUGCUGCAUCCAAGGCUGGCAUCCUUGGACUGACGCGCUCGUUAGCUGUGGAAGCUGCCCAUUCCGUGAGAGGCGUUGCCGUUCGUUCCAACGCGAUAGUUCCGGGGUAUAUACAAACGCCGAUGAUUGCUGAUUUCAGCGACGGCGAAACCUCCAGACUGAAAGACAGUGUUCCUCUUCGGAGGUUUGGUACUCCGCAUGAAGUUGCUGACGCUGCUGUGUUCCUGGCGCAGAAUGAAUACGCGAACAACUGCGUCCUCAAUCUAGACGGUGGUUUGAGCGCGAUCUGA